GCAAAGGGGAAGGCAAGGGCUGAGAGGCCGUGUCUCCCCAUCUCCCGCCCGCCAACCUCGACCCCUCCCACUCCUGUGUGUCCCUCUCGGAGGGUGCUGCUGCCAGCAGUGCCCCGGGGGAGCAGGAAGCAGGGGUAGGGGGGUGACCCCGCCUGAACAGGGGCGUGACCAACGGAUCACGAACGGAUCGUUCCCGCUGUCGCCCCCCUAAGCCCUGCGCAGGGGCAGGUCCCGAACCCUUGCCCUGACCGAAUGGGCCACAUGUGACUCUUGUGGAGUCAGAGCUGGAGGUGGGGGCGGUGGGGGGGGCCAUGGGGGAGGGGUUGAUACUCUAAGACACAGGGCCUCCGGUGGGGGAUGGGGUGGCAAGCCAGGACUUGGGUGGGGAGGGUUGACAUCUCAGGACCCAAGAUGGACACCACAGGACAUGGGGACCAGGGUGGGGGAAGGACACUGCAGGACAGAGGAUGGGGAAGGGGAAGGACCCCCCAGGACACAGGGCCAGGGUGGGGGAAUGGAAAGACUCCCAGGACAGUGGAGGAACCCCCCCAGAACACUGGGCCCAGGGUGGGGGAGUGGAAGGACCCCCAGGACCCAGGGGCCAGGGUGGGGGAAUGGAAGGACCCCCAGGACCCAGGGCAGGGGAGCAACCCCCCAGGACACAAGGCCAGGGUGGGGGAAUGGAAGGACCCCCAGGACCCAGGGCAGGGGAGCGACCCCCCAGGACACAAGGCCAGGGUGGGGGAGUGGAAGGACCCCCAGGACCCAGGACCGGGGAGGGACCCCCCAGGACACAGGGCCCAGGGUAGGGGAGUGGAAGGACCCCGAGGACCCAGGGUGGGAGAAUGGCAGGACCCCCAGGACCCAGGGCAGGCGAGGGACACCCCAGUACACAGGGCCAGGGUGGGGGAAUGGAAGGACCCCCAGGACCUAGGACCAGGGAGGGACCCCCCCCCAGGACACAGGGCCAGGGUGGGGGAGUGGAAGGACCCCCAGGACCCAGGGGCCAGGGUGGGGGAAUGGAAGGACCCCCAGGACCCAGGGCAGGGGAGCGACCCCCCAGGACACAAGGCCAGGGUGGGGGAGUGGAAGGACCCCCAGGACCCAGGACCGGGGAGGGACCCCCCAGGACACAGGGCCCAGGUUGGGGGAGUGGAAGGACCCCGAGGACCCAGGAUGGGAGAAUGGCAGGACCCCCAGGACCCAGGGCAGGCGAGGGACACCCCAGGACACAGGGCCAGGGUGGGGGAGUGGAAGGACCCCCAGGAUCCAGGGCCCAGGGUGGGGGACUGGAAGGACCCCCAGGACCCAGGGCAGGGGAGGGAUCCCCCAGGACACAGGGCCCAGGGUUGGGGAAUGGAAGGACCCCAGGACCCAGGCCCAGGCUGGGGGAGGAUCGAUAACUGGCCAUGCUCUCUGCUCUGGCGGCGCUCCUGAUCCAGCUCCCCCAAAGCUGCGGGGUCCUGGCGAUACCCACGGGUCGUUGCCCAGGGCGCGUGCCAUAC